AUCCAAACCGUAUAUACUCAAGAUACUGUAGGGUAGGAUGCAAGUCGCGCAAUACUCCGCAACGGAACUUUGGCCAUCACGUGCGGAGGAGCGCCAUGUCUCAAGCUCCGAUCUAGCUGCUGAUUCCCAGACAAUCUCCUGAUAGCAUUCAGGAAUUGCAAAAGGCUGUGGCAGCGACCCCAACGGGUCAGCAUCGCUGUACAUGGUUGGAAUGCGCACAUUACAAUACCCUACGCUGGCGGCUUUCCUGACCUCUUCAUCGCGUCCGAAGCAGCUCCCAGGUCUGCUGUGGGGCCGCUGGGGGAGAUGCUUCGUCUCUGCGGCAUCGCAAUCGCCAUCACGCUAUGCGAAAUCACCGUUUCGCUUUGAGACUGGCAUUGGACUGUUUGCAAAACGAUCCCCUCGGCCAUUUCCUCCACCCUUCUUGUCUCCUCCGUCCGUCUCCUUCUCAGAUCCUCUAAGUACUCAUCACCUGAGCCGGGACCGCCGACCCCACGCAACUAUCAAUGGAGAGCUCAUUAGAGGACUCACAAAUGGUGAUGAUGCCGUGUAUGCUAGCGACUAUUUCAUAUGUACAAACGAUGGCGUAGGCGCGUGGGCAACGCGCCCACGAGGUCAUGCUGGAUUGUGGUCGCGGUUAGUAUUGCACUUCUGGGCGGCGGCCAUUGAAGAAGAGUCGACCAAUAGCCUAUUCCAGCAAGUGGCCUAUCAGCCCGACCCCAUUGCGUCUCUUCAGACGGCAUACGAGCAAACGCAAGAAGCGACUGGCGCUCAUAACUGGCAGGGGACCACAACAGUGUGUGGCGCCCAGCUGCAUUACAGGACGGUGAUGGAUGCGGGGCGCGAAGUUGCUACGCCAGUUCUAUAUGCGACAAACCUGGGCGACGGUCAAAUCUUGGUUCUUCGACCUCGAGAUGAGGAGAUCAUCUACAAAACCACAGAGCAGUGGCACUGGUUCGACUGUCCACGCCAGCUCGGCACCAAUAGCCCUGAUACGCCAAAGCAGAAUGCAGUUGUUGACACAAUAGAUUUGGAAGAGGGCGACGUGGUCCUAGCAAUGAGCGAUGGUGUUAUUGAUAAUCUCUGGGGGCACGAAAUUGCUGCCAAUGUAUUUCAAAGCAUCAAAGCGUGGGAAGCUGGGAAAGGCGCUGAUGACCAAGGCGAUCGCACAGGAGGACGUAAUGGCGGUAUGGCUCUUGCAGCUCAAAACCUAAUGGCAGCUGCCAAAGUGAUAGCGUUGGACCCGUAUGCAGAGAGCCCAUUCAUGGAACAUGCCAUAGAAGAAGGGCUGGCUAGCGAAGGAGGAAAAUUGGAUGAUAUCAGCGUCGUCGCAGCAUUGUGUGUUAGAGACAGGAAACAAUAGUUUUGCAAAGCUUUUCUUGAUAUUUAUACACCACAGACAUGUUAUUUGCGUUGAUUUUUAUAAUGGAAUUUACUGGCAACAAGGCAGCUAUGGGGCACGUAGAACGAUCAAGUCUGGGAGAUGAAUUUUCUCGUGGAUAUUGGCUGAGUAGCAUUAAUAGUACAUAACGGUAGUGAUACGAGUUAUAUUUUAUAUUGUUAAGGCACUGCUCCCGUCUUACACGGCGUCUGAAGAUGGAGAUCAAGUUGGAGAGAUGUGAGCGGGGCGGGAAGCCGCUAGUACGCACCUCUACCAAGGUACGUAGUUGAA